AAACUCUGUCCUCUCCACCUCUUCAUCAUCGUCAUCAGUAGCUCUCCGUUGAACGAAGCAAUUGUAAACACCACCGCCAAAAUGGUCAAAGCAGUCACUGUCCUCCGAGGAGACGCCAAGGUCUCCGGCACCGUCAUCUUCGAGCAGGCCUCGGAGGGUGCCCCUACCACCAUCACCUACGACAUCACCGGCAACGACGCCAACGCGAAGCGUGGCUUCCACAUCCACACCUUUGGUGACAACACCAACGGCUGCACCUCUGCCGGCCCUCACUUCAACCCCUUCGGCAAGACUCACGGCGCUCCUUCUGAUGAGGCCCGUCACGUUGGUGACCUCGGCAACAUCGAGACCGAUGCUCAGGGCAACGCCAAGGGCACCAUCACUGACUCUCUGGUCCAGCUGAUUGGUCCCAACAGUGUCAUUGGCCGCACCGUUGUCGUGCACGCCGGCACCGACGAUCUCGGCAAGGGUGACAACGAGGAGUCCCUGAAGACUGGCAACGCUGGCCCUCGCCCUGCUUGCGGUGUUAUUGGCAUCUCCUCCUAAGCUCGCUCAAAAGUUCUGUAGCUAUGCUUGGCCUAAGCUCCUUGAAGAUUGAAACGAAUCUAUAGAGCAGCGAAAUACAUGUAGCUCGGGUCGACAUAGGUUCUGAGUAGUUAUAGUAAACGAACAAAUAACAAGAAAAGAAAUGAAAACAGCUUAUCUCAAG